ACGCUACAAGUACUCGUGGAUGGAGUAUGAAAAUGUAAAAUGUGCUAUUUGCUAUAUAUGCAAAACAACGGACGGUCGAGGGGAGGAAGACGGCGGCGGCGUCCACGGUGAAGAAUAAGAAAAGCGUCUUAUGAUCGCGCUGAGAUUUUUUCAGUCAACCAAAUACGCUCGAUCGUCGCGAAUGUGUUAAAAAGGGUUUCGCGAAUCGCACGUCGCUGAAGGGUUAUUCAGUCGGUUCACUGGAGUUUUCGUUGAUAGUGUGUGAAUUUGGUGGAUCUUUUUAGCAUUAGUGCCCUCUCCCAAGAUAGCUUCCGCUCCAGCGGAUUCCGCAUAUUCGGAUAGAAGCGAGUCUGCCUGGCGAACCCCUUGUUACCGCGAUUAUCUCAAGGGUUAAUUUCGCUACUUCUGAUCUUCAGAUAAGUCUGUAAAUCAUGUGGAAUAUUAUGGCUUAUUGUUGCUGGUUUUCUCAUAUGAUUUGCGGUAGUUAAGCGAAUGUAAUCAAUGAAAGUGCAUAACUGCUUUGUUAAUUUUUUGGAUAAGGAAUAGUGAUGUAGUGCAAGCGCGGAGAGCGAAGGCUUCUCGCAGCUUCAAUCUCUUAAUCAAUCUGUAUCUUUUCAAUAAUAUUCAGAUUAACAUAAUAGAAUGAAAUAUAAUCUUGUCGCCAGUGUAAUAAUGUUCGGCGUUAUAUUGUAAUAUUAUUGAAGUGGUUUUUCCUGCGGUUUAGUGUUUGCUUGCCAUUCCCUCUGCUUCGGCAAAGGAGUCGUUUUUUUUUAUGCCCGUAACCCGCAACGGUGUGUGUAGGUCGUCCACCAAUCUAAAAAUUCAUUAAUAAGAAUAUAUAAUAAUAAAGUGCAAUCGCCGACUAUUCGCUAUGCCUACUUAAUUGAAUUUGCGCGUAACGAAAGUGCUAAUGUGUGCAGUCAUUUUGUUUUGAGUUGUCUAAACAGCACUUGAUUGGAUGUGAUAAAGCGCGGAAUAAUGAUUUUCAUGCGAUUUUUGGAUUAAAAACACCUUUCAAAUCAGUUGAUCGGGUUUUGUGGGACAGUAAAAUGUAACUUUGGCCAAAAUACGUGUCAUACACCCUGAAUACGAAUAGUGAUAAGCAUUCGUCAAAAUGUAAUAGAAGCAGAAUAUAUCAACGGAAAUUCGUUUAGUUACGAAAACCUAGAAAUAAAGUUAGAUGGAAUAACUAUUUGAUUCUACAACAGAUGAAAAUGUGAAUUAUGACGAGUCCAAAUCGUAAUGAUGAGAAAUGCACGAGAUUAACAAGAAAUGGACCGUCCUUCCGAAAAGUUGCCGAACGUGUUCAGCAAUGGAACAGAGCGAUACCUGAAUCGAACUACAUUACGUUGGGAACAAUUCGAUACGGUGUCCGCCAUUCACCAGGGCCACUGUCUCUAGGUCUUUCUGCUGCUGCGCAACCCCCGGCUGCGGCCACCAGCACAUCCACAUCCAGAACAGAUCUCGUCGGGAACGAUCGUUCCCCGUCUAGCGAGCAGCGCGGUGAGUUCCCGCAGGCGAUCUCUGCUGCAGCGACUCAUUCCACGGCGCUGGAUACAUGUUGCUGCUUGCGGCCAACAUCUGCGCUCAACUUCCCUUGGGUCGCGGCUGGAACUCAGAAUAGCUCCGCAAGUAGUCGGACGAAGCUUCCCGUUCCGACUUCCGGCGGUAAUUGUGGUGCAGCCAAGAAUAGAACACAGUUGUCGACAGCGAAGCAAGCAUCGUCGAAUUCGUUGUCGUUCUCAUCGAUGUCGUUAGCAGUAUCGUCGGCGCCGACACCAGCGCAUACAUCCAGAUCUCAAUCUUUAUUAUUAUCGUCCGAAAUAUCUUCUAUUGAAAAAGAUGAUGAUCAUGUUGUAGACAGACAAAUUGAUGAUCGUACACAAACGGAUGAGUCCUGUGGACUUGAGUCUAUAGAGGAAGCUGCAACAUUGGGUGAAAGAACAACAAUGCCGAAGAUCGCGACAACAACCACAUUGCCACAAACAAGAAUAUCUACUACGCCAAGCGUAAUCUCGAAUACAGAGGGAAUAUCUGGCGAUCGGCCGAUGUACGGGAAACGUAGUGGCUGUGUAUGUUGCCAAAAUGCCGCUAGAAAUAGCUCAGAUACUACCAAUGGAAGUUCGAGCAACAUCAGCGGUACCAGCGCCAACUCAACGGCCAGGAACAUCUCUGGCGAGAUCGGCUGUUGUUGUGAAUUGAAUUCGGGAUCGGCGAAAUCAGUCGCUGUUGGACAGUUUUGCGAAUUAUCGACACCAUUGCCGCAAGCCACUUCGAAGUCGCUGAGUGGUUCCCCCUCGCCAUCGUCGUUAUCCUCGUCGUCUACAGUCUGCUGUUAUACAAUCGCGAACAGUGGCAAAUCGAUAUCGAAGCACGGAAAUCGGGGAUCGCAUCAGGGCGUACUGCAAAAGCGUUUGCCUCGCGUGAUAUCUCAGCAAGAUAUAGGAGAAAAGAUCGUUCAAGUUCCGCCAGUUCCACCGCCGCGUCCUCGUCCUCACAAUUCCAGAUCGACCAGUAAGGAUCGUGGUCAGGGUAGUGACAAAAAUAGUGCAUCUGCCAACCUCAAUUCGGUCGGGCAAGGACGUCCUUUGCAAAACAAGGAUCCUAUAAACUUUCGUCGAAAGGUUCAGCAGUUCGAGUCAUACCGGAAGAACGGGGACCGUAAAUCGGACGACAGUGGCAAUGUGGUCGGUUGUGGCAGUGAUCAUGUCGUCAAUGCGGGAUUCGAGUUACUCAGCUGCUUUUCGGGUGGUUCUCUGAAUGCAGAUAACUCCACGCGUAAUGCCAAUUGUUGCAGCCCCAAUAACAGUGAAAUCAGCUACAGUGGCAGCAGUAGUAAAAGUGAACCUCAUCUAACCACAAAUAGAUUUAAGCAACUACCUAGUACCGGAAAUAACACUAACAAUACACCCCUUUCGGGAAGUGACAAUUUGCAAGAUCGACCACCGAUUUCUGUAUCUCGAAAUAAUUCUCAUCCAACGCUCAGAAAAGUGAUAGUGCCAAAUUUGCAGAAACCCUUAAGCGAUCUCGACAGUUUUGGUCCUAAGGCCGAGAAUAACUCCCAGUUUUAUCGGAAGCUAACACCACACCUGACAAAAAAAUCUUUUCUGCCCCAUCGACGGGAUGUUGGUGGUAAAACCAGUGAUUUUCGGCAAACUAAAGAUGAGCCCCCGAUCCUCCCGCAACGUGUUGUGCGCGAAGAGCGCGAUGAAGAUUGUGUUCUAGCAACAGCUGAGGAAGACCGUUCGCUUACAGGAAACCCCUCAGAUGAAGCAAUAUCUUCAUCCUCACGGAGCGGCGCCUCUGAAUCGCACGUAAUUAAUAACGUCCAUAACGAUAAUGAUCGUGUUCGGGCGACCCUCGUGGAAAUCGUUAACGACGAUGCUGAUGAUGAUGAUGAUGAUGAUGACAUUAUCGAAAGUGUCGACAACGAUGAUGAAUUUAUUGACUACGAUGAUGAUGUUGAUAGUGAAAUAUGCUUUAUUGAUUCAUCACAAAGUGAUAUUGAUUUGAUUGGGUCGCUGAAUGGUCAUUAUUUGAAUUUGAGUGGUAAUAUUCACUCGAAUUUGCAACGAGGGAUACUAAGCGAACCGAGCCUAUCGGGGACUUCGGCGCCGCAACAGUACACGCGACCCAUCCAGCUAUCUUCAUUCAAUACCAAUAGUUUGUUUUUAAGCGAUGACCAAGUGCCAAAUAGUAGAUUAGGAAAUAACUCGAACUACCGUUCGAAUAGCAUCAAUAAUUCAAGUAAUCAAUCGAGUGGCAAACUCCUUGUAAAUAAUUCUAAGGACCAUUCGAAAUUCAACGCAAAUAGUAGUUCGUAUAGGAAUAAGGGUGAUAUCGACUUCAUAGUUAGGAAACUUCCUGGCAGUGAGAACGGUGUGUCCGUGCACGAAACAUAUAAAAUUUCCAGUAGUUAUAGUGUCGCGGAAAUCGAUGAAAGCAAUCGUAAUUUAAGUUCUAGUAAUUUGAGUUUACAAAUCAAUAGUGAUUUUAAUAAAGGAAACGCCGGCAGUGAACCGAACGAGACCAACGAGGUAUCGCGUAUUAUACCGCGAAUCGAUCGCAGUCAAAGUUUUGAUUCUUAUAAAAAAAGCGUGUUGUUACCGUUGUCAUCGCCAGUGUCGGUGGCGCAAAUUGUGUCUUCAUCGUCAGGACAACUAGCAUCCUCCGCUGCUUCAUUGACACCAACGUCACCGCUUUCGUUCAGCUACACAGCAGGAAUCACCUCCCCAACAUCUUCGUCUCCAUCCCUACUAGUUUGGAUACCGCAACAAUUUCCACUUGGAGGUGGACAAAAUAGUAAAGGGCCUUAUAUUAUUGGGAGACGUGUUUCAUCAUCUGAUUCCUUUGGAAAUUUCACAAAGAAUCAGUUACAUGCGAAUACGACGAUAUCGCCAGAGUCAGGGUCGAUAAUGGAAAAGCGUCGUAACACACUUGAUCGUUUGCAACGUUUACGAUUUGGUCGAAAAUCAUCUCCAUCCCCAACACCAUCUCAACAAGACAAAUCAUCCACUUCGUCAUCAUCGUCAUCCAGUCGAAAAGGACAUGAGAAAUCCGAAGUGUUAAAAGAACUAACUGAACGUCUGAAAGGAAACCGAUUAUCUCCUACACCACCACCUGUACCGCCACCUCGAAAACCUCGACAAACUAACAGCCUGGAAAAACCUAGCCAUUCAACAGAGGAUCCACCACUGGCGUCGACAGUAUUCGGAUCGGAUGAUAUAAUCCCAAUGGAUGCCGAAGAGGAAAAAUCAUCAGAGGUGGUUGGUGAAAAUAAUGGCACUGCCGACAAUAAAAACGGCUCUUCUUCGGAAAUAGCCUCACCACCCCCACCUCCUCCACCACCUCCGCCGCCACCACCGCCAAUGCCUCCAUUGUCAGCAAUCAGAACUUCUUCGAAUCCAACGUCUCCUAAAUCUUCCCUUUAUGAAACUCUUCGACCAAAUACAAGUGUUUCGAAUUUAGAAUCAUUAAUUUUGAGGGGUAAUUGUCGGGAGGAUGUCAAAUCUGCCCCUAGUUCUGUAGUAAAAGAGGAGGAUCUGUUCAAAGCGCUCCCACGAGCAGAAUCACGUAUUUUAGUUGGAGCUUACGCACAAAAGAGUAUUCCAUUUAGAUCGAUCUCAUUUUCCCAGAUUGAUUUUUCUUCUUCCGGUAAAUAUGUGCGAUCAUCUUUAAGCGCUCUUCGAGAUAAAUGGAAAAAGGAUAAAAAUAAAGAUUCAAACGUAGUCGAAAAAGCGGAUCUUAUUUUGCCUCAGAAAAAAGACGAAAGCGGAAAUAAGGAUAUAGGAAGUACGACUCCAUCAAUAUUAGAAGAGAACAGUAUAGACGAAAAAGAAAAGAACAACACUCAGCUUAACCAUAUUAAAGAGCAAGAAAAUGAGAGAAUGUCUUUAGAAGAAAUCGUUAAUCCUCCGGAAGUCAUUUUCGAAGAGGAAUCGGCUAUGCCCGAAUAUCACCAUGAGAAUCAGAAAGAUCUUUUAAAUAGUUCUUCUGAUACGUCAAGUGAAGCAGCAGUUGAGAUUCCAGAAAUUCAAGACGAACAACUUCCACAAACGAUUGCAGCUAACUAUGUAGAUGCAUCCGAAACUACACUUGCAACACUUACCGAAGAAGAAAUGCCAUUGGAAUCUCCACCUGAAAAUUUAAUGCAAACAGCGACCACAUGUCUCAUCCCCGUUCCGGUUUACGAAUGUAGUGCUCGAGAAUGGGGAACUCAGAGGGCAGAGCAACAAUGGGUGAAUGUAGAACAAAAUGAAGUUGGCAUGACCCCGGUGGCAGUAGACCAUCCUCCAGAUCACUUAGGACAAAUAAGACCAGAUGAAAAGGAUAUUCCAAAUGAAGAAGAGGAAAAUGCUUCAGAGCACCAUAUUCAUGACGAAAAUGUGAAAAAUGCGGAACAAAAUCCUGUUCCUGCAAUAUCUGUCAGUCCUGUUGCGCAUCAACGAUCGGAUUCUACUCCAGAAGAUAGGUCGUCUGAAGAGAAAAUUGUGGAAUUCCCGGAAGUUAGAAAACGAUAUAGUAAUGACGAUCUUAAAGAUACUCCAACUCCUCGAGGUAAUAGUAUCGAGGAGAAGCGAAGAAUCGAUAAAUCACGGCGGCGGAAAGGCAUGUAUAUACAGUGGCCUACGAUAAAUAAGCAUGGAGUGAUAGAAACUCCAGAAUGGGAAGAGGAAAAUGCUGGUCAAAAUAAUGAAGACGUGAGUCCUACUCGAACGAACAAAGGCAAAGGUGGUAUCCGUCUGGAUUUCUCUAAAAUCAAAUUGAACACUGGUCUGGAUUCAGAAUCGUCAACACCGUUUUCUUUAAGCUGUAAAUCACCAGAGGAAACUCAUACUGCAGGACCUCUGUUUCCUACGUUUGAUCCAUCAACACCUGACUCGGAAGGAGGAAAACCGGUAUGGCCUAAGCUUGGAUCUUCAACAAAUAGCCGAAGAGCAAGUCUCUCACUUCAAAGUUCUGAAGAGAAGGACGAUGUUCCUAUUACAAGUACCCCAUCUAGUCACAAGUCGCCACAUAACCGUAGUCUAAUGUUUUUAAGAUCUGACUCUAUCUCGGAUAAUGAAAACGAUAGUCGAAAUCGAGAUAGAGCCAGUCCAUCUCCCGCGCCAGGUGAUCAUGACUACAAAAGAUAUUCGAAACGACCUUUGAGAGGUCCUUAUGGUCAAAUGUUAGAGGCAGAAAUGAAAAAACCAGGAAAAACGCAUUAUGACGAGAUAUUAGAAGAUUUGAAGAAUUCAGACAGUCUGAACACUUUGUCUCUUCCUAAUCGGAAUCGUGCUGCUGGAAAUCUAUCUUUCGACGAAGCAGCAAAUCGGCAGCAAAAGACUUCUCGAUCACGUAAAAGUAGCGCUCAUCUUCCAGUCCCAGCACAUACCAGAGCGGCAUCAACUCCAUCUCAAAUGGAGAAUACUACAACCACUGCUUCUAUAGAUUCCAUAAAUCCGCAACAUAAAAGAUACCAGAGUAGUUUGGAUACGACCUCUUUGGAUCGCAUUUCUUCCACUGGCCGGUUAAAAGAAACUUCUAAAAAAUUAUCUGUCGAAAAUAGGGAGCGUUCACCAAAACGUGCCUCAUCAGAAGCUCUAGAAAUUAAGCAUCCCAAUGCAAAGCGAAGUGCGUCCACAGCUAGUGAUAAACAGCCGAAGCGUAGUUUAGACGAAAUGCGAUUAUCAAGUCGAACCCCAUCAGAUCGAAGUAUGGCGGAUUCAACGAAAUCAUCAACGAAUCUGUUACCAACCCCGGAACUUCUAGCAGAACUCCUGAAAGGUUCUAGUGAACGUUUGGUAGCUGAACAGCGUCAACAGAUGUUUGCGGAUACUCGAACGCAUAUUGUACAAGAAAUUUUCCAAAACGAACAGUCGUACGUAGAAGAUCUCCAGACAGUAAUUGUUAAAUACUUGAACGUUCUGAAAACACCCGAAUACGCCGGAAUGAUUGACUCAAAAACAGUGGAUGAGAUAUUUUUUAUGGUUCCAGAGAUUUUGAGUAUUCACGAAAGAUUUUUAAAUGAAUUGCGUCGCCGUUUGGAGGUGUGGGAGCCCCAACAAAUGGUUGGCGAUGCAUUCACGGAAGCGUUCUCUAAACCAGACGUCCUAGAAACGUACACUCUGUUCGUGAAUAAUUGCAAUCGAGCUAAGGACGCAAUUCGAAUGACCUGCCAGGCGAGGCCAGCGUUUUCACGGUUUCUACAGAACACAUCGCGUGAACACAAGGGCAAGCUCACAUUGGACAAUUUGCUCAUUAAGCCAGUUCAGAAGUUUCCAAACUACGAACUAUUAUUCCGAAGACUGAUAAAACAUACCGAUAUCGAUCAUCCUGAUCAGAAGCCACUACAGGACGCUUUAAAAUUAGCUCAUGACAUACUUUUGCAUAUAAAUGCUAAAAAGAAAGAAGGUCAAGAAAAUGGCCAACGUGAAGCUGCGCUACGUGAACUAGAAGGCGUUAUUGAAGGCAUCAACGAUUUAGUUGCACCUGAUCGAAAUUUUAUAGCAUUAGAUGUGGUUUCGAUGCCGAAUGGACAAGGAGCAAGGAAAGAACGUGGAUUUUUCCUGUUUAGUGAUUUACUAGUCAUAACAAGUAUAAAACGAAGGAGUGGAACUAUAAGAAAACCAAAUACGACCGUCUGUCCUGGAAGUGUCGCAUCGACUUUAGAUACAAAUAAAUAUAAGUUCCUUAUGAAAAUACCACUUGAUAAUAUGGAAAUAGUGAAAUCUAAAGACGAAAGUGUGCGGAAAAUUAUGAGCGAAAUAGAUCAAUUAGUGGACGACUGCAACAAAAUCCAGCAAAUUUCGAAAAUAGUGUCGAGUUUGCGGUAUCCUCAUCAACAUCUCGAAGAAACAUUAAAGGAUUUACAUCGUGAUAUUGACAGCCAAUUGAAGGAUCUGAAGUCCCAGGACAAUCAAUUGAAUAUGCUGGAACUUACCUUCCAAUUGCCAAAUGGAAUUCAGAAUAUCACGGUUGCGUUUAGUAAGCCCGAAACACGUUCACAGUGGGAGGAGAAUUUCAACGACGCAAAACAGAAACUUGCUGCUUCUCUAGAACGCCAUCCAAUUCCCGAGUUCCUUACAUCAAUACCCAUACGAAAGACGAGAGCUGGCUUACAAUUUACCUGUGCAGCACCGACCCUGAGCAGUCAGAAGGAUGUGUGGGUUUGCAAUAGUGAUGGUUAUGUGGGUCAAGUAUGUGUCCUUAGUCUAUUCCCCGAACCAACUGUGACAAGCUGCAAUGGGGUGUGUAACGCUAGAAUAUUAUGUGUUGCGUCGGUUCCAGCUUGUAACGACUUGAAUGACCAACACAGUAUAAGUUCGUCGAAUUGUGAAACUCCGCGCAGUUCAAGGAACUCAAACUCAUCAACCUGCCCUUCAGUCGAUAAGAAACACACCAAGAGCAAAACGGACACUGGUAGUGAUAUCAAGUUGGACUCGAGUAGCUCUAGUUCUGAUUCGGAGCCUGAUAAUCAAGAACCAGCGCCAAGUCCAUCACCUGCGGUUUCAGCACAUCACCAUCAGGAUUCAUCCGACGAUACCGAUGGCCUUCAGUCAACCAUGUGGUUGGGAACAGAGGAUGGUUGCAUCCACGUAUACAAUUGUACCGACAAUAUUCGUAUUAAGAAGAAUAAAAUCAAAAUUCAGCACGUUAGUGCUGUCUAUUCCAUUUUGUACCUUGACAAUAGAGUUUUCGUUUCGUUAGCGAAUGGUGAUAUUUGUGUAUACCUUAGGGAUAGUUCUGGAUGGAAUACGACGUCACCGCAUUGCUUGCCAAUUGGUUCAGUGACGAGUCCUGUCAACCGCUUAUUGAAUGUUCAAGGCAAAUUGUGGUGUUCAAUACAGGGUAUUAUAAAGGUGUUAGACACGAAAACACUGCAGGUUGAAAAUCAAAUCCAAAUAUCUUCAGAUUCAAAACCUAUCACAAACAUGGCCGUUUCUGCCAAUAACGUUUGGAUCUCGAUACAGAAUUCAGCGCAUAUAAAGUGUUUUCAUUCCAAUAGUUAUGAACAAAUUUUCGAGGUAAAUCUGGCUCCAUCGGUAAAUAAAAUGCUCUGUAAUUGUGACGACAUUAUUAGACAACACAAAGCAGCAUGCCUACGAGUUACAUCCUUGCUUGCCUGUAAGGAUCUGAUCUGGAUAGGAACCAGUGCUGGAGUUCUUUUGACAAUCCCAUCGCAGGGUUAUAGCAAAGGUAACACCAUGAACAAUACACCCGUAGUCACGGGCAUACCACAUGGACACACAGGGCAUGUUCGCUUUCUCACAUUCGUGGAAACAGAAAGUACUACGAGCAGUAGUAGUAGUGAUGAAAAUGGUUCAAUAGGAUACGGAACAACGGAGCGGAAGAAUAAACGAAAUUCAUCACAUUCGAAAUCCAAGCCUGAAACUAGCAACGUUCUCAUCAUAUCUGGUGGUGACGGUUACGAAGAUUUCCGAAGCUCAGGAGCGAACACUAUGAGCGAGGUAGCAGGCCGCGAGGACAGUACAAAUCAUUUGCUACUCUGGCAAAUGUAAGUUUGUGGGUUGCGAUCAUCGAAAUCCUGAUCACCACUUCAUAAAGGUGUAGAGCGUUCCAUUUUUGAAUCGUACUUAUAUCAAAAUGAUCUUAGAGAAGAGUAUCUCAUGAGUAUCGCAUUGGGAAUCUGGUAGAGAAGAUCAGUGAUCGGCUCGUAGGUAUCGGGCAGGUGAGCGAGGAGCGAUACAAUUGUUAUCCUAUGUACAGUGAAGUCAUGGAAAUAUGUUUAACAAGCUAAAUUAUUUUUAUGCAUAGAUGGAAUUAUGUCUUUCCGAAAUAAAUAGAUGCAAACCACCUGUGGAACUGGUGCUGGUUAACCAGAACGCAGAUAUUUCGGACAAGACAUAAUUUCAUGCUACUUCUGUUUUAUUUGGAUAGAAUCGUGUAAUAUAGAAAGUCAAAGUUAAUAGUGAAAGAAAUAUUUAAAAAAAAAUCAGUUUUAAUUGUAAGUUUUAAUAAUUGUUACUGUAGCGAGAGAAAUAUUUAAAUGAUAGUUUUAGUAUAUAUUCUAUUUAAAUUAAAAACAAAAUCUAUAGGAAAAAAACAAAUAAAACUGAAAAUAAACAAAACAAUGGCCUAAGAGACGAUUUUUCCUCAUUUCCUUAUUUUAAACUUUUUAAUUUCGCAGCAAUUUAUUAUAAAUAAAUUGUUUUAGUAGGACACCAGUAUCGAAUAUCAAAAUUGUCAUGAAUGUUCAAAUAUUUCACACAAAUAUACAACAACGAUGAAGCAUAUACAAACCGUUUAGAUAUACAGCAAAAAAGAAAUCCGAAAUAUCAGCCAAAAUUCAAAUUUUUAUGAAGAUAUUUCUCUUCCUGUUUUAUUGUCACAUUUUGAAAAUAAUGAAAGAAAAAAAAAUAUUUACAAUAUCCGAAUUUUGUUCUCCGCAGAUAACUAGAUUUACAUAUACAUCGAACCAGAGUAGAUUACAUAUACAAAAAAAAGCUGCAUGCAACAUUUUUGAUGUAAAUCUGUGUUUUAAAUGUUUAUAUACAGAAACGUAUACACCAAAAACAAAAUGAUAACUAUAUUGAUUAGAAAGAAAUGAAUUUCAAGUGUAUGAAAAUGGAAAAUUUCCAAAAAUAAAAAAAAAGAAACGAAUUCGAAAAA